AUGGCAACUCUUGGUGGCACUACUGAGGUGGAAUAUACACAAAACAGCGUCGAGAUCAAUAACCUUGCUCUCUUUGCUGUUCAAGAACACAACAUCAAACAGAAUGGAGUUUUGGAAUUUGUGAGAGUUUUAAGUGCGAAAAAACAAGUGGUUUCUGGAACGUUGUAUGAGAUCGUUUUGGAGACAAAGGAUGGUGGGAAACAAAAAGUGUAUGAAGCUAAGAUUUUGGAAAAGCCAUGGUUGAACUUUAAGGAAGUGCAGGAAUUCAAGCUUGUUACUGAAAAUGAUGCUCCUUCUUCUUCUACCGUUUGA